AUGCCACGAUCUGAUCCGGCAGCCCAGAAGCCAACAAUCCCCCCCUCAUUCAUAGCCAAAAAGGCCCAGAUCCUCGCUCAGCUGACCCGACCCGAGGAGUCUUACGCGGACCACUCACCCAAAGGCAUAGUCGACGCGCAGAUCCGCAAUCUGCUUGACGAGAUCAAUGCGUAUGAUGGGCUCGUGACGACGAGUAGUUGUGCGGGAAGAGUUGCGGUGUUCGUCGAGGGUCCGAAAAGGACUGUAGGUGUCGGGACGGAUAAAGUUGAGCGGGAGGACGAGCUCGGCGGGGCUGGCGCGAUUUCUGAAACCGGAAGGCAACAUGGAGAGCUGGCAAGGAAUGGGAAUGAGGCUACGACCAACCCACCAGCAAAGACUACGUCGCCAGGCGGAAAGGGCGGUGGACGAUGGCUCUUUGUUGCUCACGAUCCUAUCUCUUUCCCGCCACCGCCGCCACCGCCGGUCACUGCAGAGAUCAAUGCUUCAAUCAUGGACGAUGGUGUGAGUGGAGAGAUGAAGAACCAAAAUCAGCAUGACCAUGAUUAUUUCACGAAGCUAUUCAGCCUCUCCCCGCCCAAAGAGACAUCCCAAAUAUCGCCGCCCUCGGGCUCACUACGCGUGAUCCGUCUAUCGUUUUCUCCUCUCAUUCUUCACAUUCACUGUGCAACUCUACAACAUGCCCGGCCUUUACUCGCUGCCGCCAUCAACGCCGGAUUUCGGGAGAGUGGUAUCCAGGGUCUUCGAGUCAUGGAUGACCCCGAGCACGGCGUCAUGGUCGCGGUGAGGACUGCCGGGUUAGGAUUUGAAACUGUUGUGGGCGUGGUGAUCUCAGAUUCCGGCGCGGAGGGACACGAGAAUGGGCGCGUGGAGAUGAUGCAAAGAAUCGUCAGUGAAGAGUAUCUGACUUUGUGCGUUGGAGUGAUCAAUGAGCGGUUUCAAUGGAAUGGCGAGAGAAGGGAGAGGUUUAGAAUGGAGUUGAAGAGGGCGAUGGGGCGGGAAGGGUGGGGUUCAGGACUAGGGAGUGUAGAAGAAAAUGUUAUGCAGAGUGGAUGGGAGGACAAGGAUGAACGACGGAGGACGAAAAGAGAGAAAGGGCGGGGGAGACAGCGGAAAGAGGGAAACGCCACGACCAACACUACCGGCAAUGUGUCAACUGGAGCCCAUGAGCGGAAAACGGACGAUCUCGACGGAGGGCUCGCGGCCUUGGAAAUCGACUAA